GCAGAUGAUUGGCGGAAGCUUGUGUUCAAAAAUGUAAUGGGCGUAUCCCAUAUGAUUGCUCGACGCCAUAUUGGAUUCACUGAAUACCGUUGCAGUUUCUUUUGACGCUAGGCAGAUAUGGGCAACCGAGACGACGAAUACGAUUAUUUAUUUAAAGUUGUGCUCAUAGGCGAUUCUGGAGUCGGAAAAAGUAACCUGCUUUCGAGAUUCACACGGAAUGAGUUCAACCUGGAGUCCAAGUCUACCAUCGGCGUGGAAUUUGCCACGAGAAGUAUACAGGUUGACGGUAAGACGAUAAAAGCGCAGAUCUGGGACACGGCCGGGCAGGAGAGGUACCGGGCAAUUACUUCCGCGUACUACCGGGGGGCGGUGGGCGCACUGCUCGUCUAUGACAUCGCCAAGCACCUGACUUAUGAACAUGUGGAGCGGUGGCUGCGGGAGCUGCGCGACCACGCCGACCAGAACAUCGUGAUCAUGCUGGUGGGCAACAAGUCUGAUUUGAGGCACCUGCGCGCCGUGCCCACCGACGAGGCGAGAGGUUUCGCAGAGAAGAACGGCCUCAGCUUCAUCGAGACCUCCGCCCUCGACUCAACCAAUGUAGAAGCAGCCUUCCAAAAUAUUCUUACAGAAAUUUAUCGUAUCGUAUCUGUGAAGCAAGUGCAAAUUGGAGCUGCGGGCAUUGGUGGGUGCUCGUGUGUGGACGACGUGCGGCCCAUCCACGUAGAACCCACUGCUGACGACGGAGGCUACUAUCGUGUACCAUGCUGCCAGCAGCAGUGAUACAAAUAUGCAACCAAAUUUAUUUUCCUAUCAGCCUGUCUCACACACAUUGGUUUGGCAAAAAUGCUCGCAGGAACACUCUCAAUUGAAUUUGAUAAAAACAAGGCCUCAAUCUGCUGAUCAAAUUGAUGAUAAUAUAUAAAUAUAUAUCUAGACACUCGAAUGCAAAGCUAUUUCCUAAUUAUUUAUUAUUUAUAAUUUUCUAAGUUCAAGUGUGUAAAUAAUUGAAACUGCGGUUUAUUAUACUUGUUUGUAGUGAUCGUUGAUAUGCUAUCAUAGUCUAUUACACACCAACUAUUCCGAUUUUGAUUUUUAUUGUAAUUAAUUUCCCAGUUCCAGGCUCUUUUUUUCUGCGAUUUUGAUCAACAACAACACAUUCCUAAGAGUUAAUAAAAUUAAGUGGAUUUUAGGAGCUUGUCAUGUUUGUCGACUGAUUUGAUAUCAAAACUGAAACUGAGCCAAGCGCUCGGCCAUUUUUAUCUCCUCACAAGCCUUAAAAAUAAAAAUGCACCUAGGAAUUCAUCCCCCGUUGCUAAUCACAAACUCCCAUUGGAUUCGCCUUGUUGAUUCCGUUUGACCCCCGUGUCUUGUCACUUGCUUGUGAAUAUUAUUUUUUAAUUUAAGUUUACGGUUUUCUCCCCCUGCCCCCUCCCCCUUGAGUCCAAUCUUGUUGCGGAUUUUAUACAACAGCUACAGUAGUGCCAUUUGCUAAAAAAAUUAUUCAGCUCACUAUCCCAUCCUCAUUGUUAAAAUUGACGCUUUUCUUGUCGAAUGUUUGGACGAGGAAUAAAAAUGUAUAUCAUCUUGGAUUCAAAUUAACUGUACAGCAAUUAAAUAAAAAAAAGUGCUGCAAUAAGUUAAAAGAAAAA